AUGGCUUUCUUUCUACCUACCUUCCUCGCUUGGCUCCAUUUCUCUGCCCUUGGGCUUUCUGUCCAUCCGCCGUUCUUUGUUCUCAAUAAUGAUUUUAUCCAGAGAACUAGUACGCCGGCAGUGUACGGAUGGCUAUCUGCAGACUGCGAGGAUGCCAUGACUACUCCAAUCUCGUGCAGUGCCUAUUUCCGGACGAGUGUGGACGAGAACCGCUCCAAUGACCUGAUGGACUUGUCGUCCAUAUGCACCCGUACCUGCCACCGGUCCCUCGCUCACUAUCACGAAUCGGUGGUUUGGGCUUGUAGAAAUGACAUGGACCCCUGGCCUGGUGUUCCUGCUACUGCGUACGGGGAUAGCAUCUGGAUCAACUACAAGUACGCCUGCGGGAAAGGACCUGAGGCGGAGCUCGAUGACUAUCUCUACGACUACGACGAUCCCUUAGACGAACAGGGCUCCAGCCCAUACAUCAUCCUCCAUCAAUUUUACCCGGUCUAUCCCACAUCAUCCGCAAAGGACUCGUCCCCAAACCCAGACUCGCCGACACCACUGACCGUACAACACAACGUCAAACGCGACAUCGUUCGUGACAACAACAAAAGGAAAUGGUCAGUAGACGCAGUCGCCUGUCAGCAACACACCGUCCAGUCCGGCGACACGUGCUGGAAGAUUGCAAACACGUACCGGGUCACUCUCGCGCAACUGCAAUCUUGGAAUAGCUUCAUCAACGCCGAUUGCACGAACCUGAUCAUCGGCGACCAGCUCUGCGUCAGCGAUCCUGCAGCUGGAAACUCGACCGUCACCACCCCGACCCAGGCCACCUCGACCGCGUCCACCCCGUACGCGACAGCCACGGUGGCGCCGCCGGGCCCAGUAGCCAGAGGCACAACGUCAAAAUGCGGAAGGUACUACCUCGUCCAUUCCGGCGACUACUGCCAACGCAUCGUCUCCAACGCCGGCAUCAGUCUGGAAUUAUUCCGAGCCAUCAACCCGGACCUCAAUGCCGAUUGCACGAACCUCAUUUCCGGUCUAUACUACUGCACGCUUCCCAUGGCCGACUGGAACAAACCGUCCACCACACUAAUAACCACCACGUCGGUAUACGUGUCUGCUCCGGGUCCCACGGCCAGCGGGACCACGCCGAACUGUUUCGAGUGGUACGUCGUCCAACAAAGCGAUUACUGCGCCAAACUGCAAGCCCAGUUCGGGAUCACCAUGGCGCAGCUGCAGCAGUGGAACCCGGAAUUAAACCGCAACUGCACGAACCUCUUGACCGGGUACGCGUACUGCGUUCACGGCGAAGGCAACGCCCGCGUCGAUCAGCCGGCCGCGGUGGCUGCGACGGCGACUGCGACGGAGUCGAUCGAGUGA